GAGAAAACAGGGGAAACGCAAAGUAAAAGAACGUUUUCGGCAGCAACAGGAGACCGAGUUCCAAACUAAAGCUAUUGGACUCUAAAAAGCUUCGGUUAUGGAGGAGAGGCGCUGCAAAUUCUGGCUUCCCAAAAAGAACAGAUUCUGUGCCAACCUCCCUCUCCACGAUUCCUUGUUCUGUGGCAACCACAACCCCAGGUCCAAUGGCCAGUGGAUUCCAUGCCCACUUGACCCUUCUCACUCUGUGCUCAAAGAAAAUCUUGAUUGGCAUGUUAAGAGAUGCCCAUUACUCAAACAAGUUCAAUCCUUGACUCUCCAACCCUUUUAUCAAAAGGGUAUCAAUGCUGGCAGAGAUAAUGAUGAUGAUGAAGAAGAAGAAAAGGUUGAAGAUUUGGUUGCAAUAAAUAAGCCUGGUUCGGAGUCUUUGGAUAAUAUAUCUUCUGAAAUGAAGAGACGUGCUGUUUAUGGAAUGAGUGCGCCUGAUUUCUGUAAAUUGAUUGAGAAGAUUGAGGCUGUUCAUGGGUUAAUAUGUAAGGAUAUCCGGGACUCAUAUAAGAUGCCAGAAGCUUGCAAUGUAUGGAUGAAGAGAGAAAUAGAUAGGAAAUUGCCAUUUCAGGAGAAACAUGUUAUGCAACAGGCAUCGAUUCUAGGGAACUUGGAAGAAUUUGGGGUGUUGAAGAAUGCUAUUGGGAGGGAACAAUGUGAUUGUGAGGAGGCAUCUGAAGAUGAGAAAAAUGGUGUCUCUGCAGUGGUUGAAUUUGGUGCAGGAAGAGGGUAUUUGACACAAAUGCUUGCUGAUUGUUAUGGGAUCAAAAGGGUUUUUCUAGUUGAGCGGAAGUCAUACAAGCUGAAGGCUGAUCGAUCCUUGCGACAGAAAGAGAGCUUGAUAUUAGAGCGUUUGAGAAUUGACAUUGAGGAUUUAAACUUGAAUGCCGUUGAGUCUUUACGAGGAUCUCCUUACCUGGCUAUUGGUAAACAUCUUUGUGGGCCUGCUACAGAUUUGACUCUAAGAUGUUGCCUUGCUGAACAUUUUAGUCAGGAUAGUGUCGAACACUGCAGUGCUAAUCGGAAUCUGAGAGGUCUAGCUAUAGCAACAUGUUGCCAUCAUCUUUGCCAGUGGAAACACUAUACAAGUAAAAAAUAUUUAUCACAUUUGGGGAUCACCAAGGAAGAAUUUCAUGUAAUUACAUGGUUUACCAGCUGGGCGGUAGAUGCUGACCAUGGUUCAGAUCUUCCUGAAGUUCCUGAUGUCAAAUUGCAUCUAGAGUCAAUUGAAAAUAAAGAAUGUGGUGGAGAUGCAAGUGGAGUUGAAGACAUUGUGAGGAACAUGAAAGCAGUUGAAAGGGCAGUCUUGGGGUUUAUGUGCAAGCAGAUUAUUGACAUGGGAAGAUUGAUGUGGGUUAAGGAAUGUGGUUUAGAAACAGAGUUUGUCAAAUAUGUUCCAUCAAGCAUUUCUCCUGAAAACCAUUUACUGAUUGCUAGACAUACUAAUCAAUUUUGAGAUGUCUUUGUUUUUUCUUUUAUGUAAGGUCGUAUUAUUUCCAAUUUUGCUAAAAUGUGUUACUGUAUGACACUCUUAUUCAAGUUUUGAAAUGAGGAGUAUAGUUCUGAGAA